AUGCAGGCCCUGGGACGAAACGCUGGCAGCCUUCAAUCUCAGCAGCACUCACGUGUCCUGCCGCGGCGCCCGCAGCAGCAGGUUGUGCAGCAGCAGCGCCGGCGGCCAGUGCAGGGCGUCUCCCGUGCUCGCGCCAUCCGCGCGGUCAGCAUGUUCACCGGCAUUGUGCAGGGAUUGGCAGAGGUGGUGGACGUGUCGCGCGCCGAGGGCCUCAGCCGCGUCAACAUCCGCCUGCCCCCUGGCCGCGCCGCCAACAUCCAAAUCGGCGCCAGCGUCGCUAUCAAUGGCACCUGCCUGACAGUCACCGCCGCUGAUGGGGACAUGCUGUCGUUUGACAUCAUGUCAGAGACCCUGCGCGCCACAAACCUGGGAGGGCUGGAAGUCGGCAAGUCGGUCAAUUACGAGCGCUCCGCCCGCGUGGGGGACGAAAUCGGCGGCCACAACGUGUCCGGCCACGUGCACACCAAGGCCGUGAUCUCGGCAGUCGAGGAGACGCCCAACAACCGCCGCGUGGUGUUCGAGCUGCCCGAUGACAGCUGGAUGAAGUACAUCCUGCCAAAGGGCUUCAUAUCCGUCGACGGCUGCAGCCUGACGGUCGGGGAGGUGGAGGGGCGCACCUUCAGCGUCUACCUGAUCCCCGAGACGCUGCGGGUGACGGUGUUUGGGCUCAAGGGGGAGGGGGACAGCGUAAACAUCGAGGUGGAGGCGCAGACGCAGGCGAUCGUGGACACGGUGGAGCGCGUCGUCGCGCGCUACAUGGCGCAGCGGGGGCUGUGA